AUGCAAGUCGAGACAAAACUGAAAAGCUAAAGAAAUCAUCGAAUGACUGGCCAGCAUCUAAUUGAAACUCAGUGGCUGUUGGCUUUACACUAAGAUGUCAGCGGCAGCUUCUCUGCAGUGAGCACAUUGAGGUUAUGCUGCCUAUAAACUCCUGCUUGAGUCUCAGUGAGAAAGAGAAAGGCUAAAGCCUGUGCAGAUCCGAUUGUUGUUGAGCGUCUCCUGUGCUGCUUCACCGCAGUGUCCUGACGUCAACCAUGAGCGACCCUGUGACUUCAGAUGAACUCACCAAUGCUGUGGCUUCAGUCGUUCACAACCCCGAGUCGUCAUCAUCCCCACCUGUCCGAGUGCCACAGAGGGUGGAAGAGGAGGAAGGUGACCUGAAUAAAGCGUUAGGUGUUCAGCGCUUCCAGCAGAUCCUGAGCCCCACUCCCAGAGUUCCCAGCGAGCAGCACCGCACCUACAAUGAGGAAGAUUUUGAAUAUCAUCGUCACUCGUCCCAUCACAUCCACCACCCUCUGUCCAAACUUUCGGGCGACGGCAGGAGGAAGAAGUGUGGGAGGAAGAGGAAACGGAGCAGCAGUAAGGACCACAGAGUCUGUUCCAGCCCCAGCGCUGCUUUGGCCAUCGAGGAGGGUGAAGAUGAGGAGGAGGAGGAAGAUGAAGAAGCUACAGAGAGCCAGAGCGCCACCCCAGCGCCCACAACAGAGAGAAAAGACAGUGUUCAGUUCUUUGUGUCAGAUGACGAGCCUCAUGUAUCCACACCUGAGACUUCAGAGCCUCUUCCUGCACGAGAAAUCCUGAUCGUCCCGUUGUCUGCUGUGUGUUCAGAGCCUCAGGACAGCACAUCCACUGAGCCGUCUGAACCUGCUCUUCUGACUCCUAGCACCUCUGAACCCAGCUCUCUGCCCCGUGUGUCGAGUCGCAGCUACGACCUUCAGGAGAGACGUCGCACGGGCAACAUGACGGGGACCGAGCAGGCCAAAUACCAGCGGAUCCCCACCGAUGAGUUUGAGGCACAGACCCUGGCCUCGGCUGACCUCGAUGGCAUUAAAAGUCAUCGUUUUGAAGAUGUUCCUGGAGUACGUCGACACCUGGUCAGGAAAAGCACAAAAGGACAAGUGGUGCACAUCAGCAAAGAUCACAAAGAGCCCAGCACACGCAGUCGCAAACUAGACCGGACGCCACAUGAGGUGUUUGUGGAGCUGAAUGAGCUGAUCAUGGAUAAAAACCAGGAGAUGCAGUGGAGAGAAACGGCUCGCUGGAUCAAGUUUGAAGAGGAUGUGGAGGAGGAGACGGACCGCUGGGGGAAACCUCACGUCGCCUCGCUGUCGUUCCGCAGUCUGCUGGAGCUGAGAAAAACCAUCUCUCAUGGAGCUGUGCUUCUGGAUUUGGACCAGAAGACUCUUCCUGGUAUUGCCCAUCAGGUGGUGGAGCAGAUGAUCAUCUCAGACCAGAUCAAAGCUGAGGACAGAGCCAAUGUGCUCCGUGCUCUUCUCCUCAAGCACAGUCACCCGAGCGAUGAGAAAGAGCACAGCUCCUCCUUCCCCAGAAACAUCUCAGCGGCCAGCCUGGGCUCCCUGAUCAGCCAUCACCAGAGCAGCAGCAACCACCUGUCCCCUGUCCCCGAGCCCUCCGUCACAGAGCCACUCAUGGGGUCCACAAGGAACAGUCAAGACAGCUCACUUCACAUUGACAUAGAGAAGAACGAGAAAGAUUCUGCUCCACCCAUAGGAAUGCACAGAUCCAAAUCCAAACAUGAACUUAAGCUUCUGGAGAAAAUUCCAGAAAAUGCUGAAGCCACUGUGGUACUCGUUGGCAGUGUUGACUUCCUGGAGCAGCCCACCAUGGCAUUUGUUCGACUUCAGGAAGCUGUCGAAUUGGACUCAGUGUUGGAGGUACCGGUUCCUGUUCGGUUUCUCUUUGUGCUGCUUGGUCCUCCCAGCACCAGCAUGGACUACCACCAGAUCGGACGCUCCAUUUCCACACUCAUGUCCGACAAGCAAUUUCAUGAAGCUGCGUACCUGGCAGAUGAUCGGCAGGACCUGCUCAAUGCCAUCAAUGGCUUCCUGGACUGCAGUAUUGUUCUCCCUCCAUCAGAACUAGGCGGUGAAGAUCUUCUGCGGUCCGUCGCUCACUUCCAAAGAGAGAUGCUCCGCAAGAGAGAAGAGCAGGAGGUGGCCUUAUUGUCCAAAGAACCCAAGAGCCUUGAAGAGAAAGAGGCCUUGCUCACACCCUUAAAACUAGAAGAUGACCCUUUACGACGCACAGGCCGUCUGUUUGGUGGGCUGAUCCGUGAUGCCCAGCGCCGUUACCCAAAGUACAUCAGUGACUUCAAGGAUGCACUGAACCCCCAGUGCAUGGCUGCUGUCAUCUUUAUUUAUUUUGCUGCUCUUUCUCCCACCAUCACAUUCGGAGGCCUUCUAGGUGAGAAGACUGAAGGGCUCAUUGGCGUGUCGGAGCUGAUUGUGGCCACAUGUAUUCAGGAGGCCUUGCUCACACCCUUAAAACUAGAAGAUGACCCUUUACGACGCACAGGCCGUCUGUUUGGUGGGCUGAUCCGUGAUGCCCAGCGCCGUUACCCAAAGUACAUCAGUGACUUCAAGGAUGCACUGAACCCCCAGUGCAUGGCUGCUGUCAUCUUUAUUUAUUUUGCUGCUCUUUCUCCCACCAUCACAUUCGGAGGCCUUCUAGGUCAGUUACACUACCGCUUCGUCUGUACUCUUACUGAUAGUAACAUAUUGAUAAGAUUUUAA